UGGCUAAAGCAAAGGCAGGCAAGCGGGAGCGUCAAAGUGUAGCUGCCUCGGCUUUACUUUAUCGUGUCGGCGUUCUUGGGAGCGUCAAGACUUCCGAACCGGGGACUAAACUACUUAGCAACGAGGAGAAACACCGACGGGAACAGUUUGCUCAAGCAGAUCCCGAGCGUGUCAGUCUGACCUGAAUUCUGCCAUGACAUCUGCUGCCCGUGUUGUGUCCUGGAGGCCGACGUGGCGGCCAUGAGGCUGAGGGCUUCGUCCGCAGGGGAGCGCCACGACAUCCUGACAGACAGAUUUUGGGCACAAAACGGUGCGGAGGGUCGGGGGCCUCCCGUGGCCUGUCUCAUGUGGAUGUGGGCUGGGCUGUGAAGGUGAGUCACUGAAGUGACCGUGGCAAUGGAAAACGGUCACCAGGGUGUCUUGUCCCCGUGUAACACCAGGAUGGCUCUGCCGGAGGCGCCCGAGGGUCCCCAUGGAGACAACCAGCAUGAAGACAGGGAGCCGCACAACACGCUGACUCAAACCCCAGCAAACGUCCGCAAGAAGAGGAGGAGGCUCAAGAGGAGACUGGGGAUCAACUUGAGCAACUGCAAGUAUGAAAGUGUGCGACGCGCUGCCCGGCGCUACGGCCUCAGAGAGGCGAUGGACGGCAACGACUGGACGCUGAUGUGGUCCGACUGCUCCGUGUCGUUGGAGCGAGUCAAGUCCAUGAAACAGUAUCAGAUGAUCAAUCAUUUCCCCGGGAUGAUCGAGAUCUGCCGCAAGGACACCCUGGCCAGGAACCUGAACCGCAUGCUCAAGCUCUUCCCCAAGGACUACAACUUCUUUCCCAGGACGUGGUGCCUCCCGGCAGACUACAACGACUUCCUGGCGUACGCCCGCCUCAAGAAGCACACGGCCUUCAUCUGUAAGCCGGACGCCGGCUCCCAGGGGCGGGGCAUCUUCAUCACCAGGUCCAGUAGAGACGUUCAUCCUGGAGAGCGCAUGAUCUGUCAGCUCUACAUCUCCAAGCCGUUGGUCAUCGACGGCUACAAGUUCGACCUCCGCAUCUACGUGCUGGUGACGUCAUGUGACCCUCUGAGGAUAUUCCUGUUCGAGGAGGGGCUGGCGCGCUUCUGCACCACCAAGUACACGGAACCGGCGCACGGCAACGUGGACGAGGCCUGCAUGCACCUGACCAACUACUCCAUCAACAAGCACAGCGACAACUUCGUGCGGGACGACGACACGGGCAGCAAGCGGAAGCUGUCGGCGCUCAUCAAGCAGCUGGAGGCGGCGUGCGGCGACACGGACAAGCUGUGGUGCGACGUGGAGGACGUGAUCAUCAAGACGCUCAUCUCGGUUCAGCCCGUCCUGCAGCACAACUACCACACGUGCUUCCCCAGCCACGCCGCCGGCAGCGCCUGCUUCGAGAUCCUCGGCUUCGACAUCCUGCUGGACCACCGCCUGAGGCCCUGGGUGCUCGAGGUCAAUCACUCGCCAAGUUUCACCACCGACUCGCCGCUGGACCGCGAGGUGAAGGACGCGCUGCUUUACGACACGCUGCUCCUCAUCAACUUGGGCGCCUGCAGCAGAAGCAGGAUCACCAAGGAGGAGAGCAGGCGGGCUAAGGAGCGCCUGCAGGAGAACCGACCCAGAGCGGCCAGGUCGGAGGAGCUGCGGCAGUGCCAGGCGGCCUGUGUCCAGCGGAUGGCGACGCACGAGAGCAAACAUCUGGGAGGCUUCAGAAGGAUCUUCCCCCGAGAGGGAGGAGACCAGUACGACAAGUUCUUCAACCAGAGCAACUCGCUGGUCCAGCCCACCGAAGCUUCCAGAGCCCGGCAGGAGUGCGCCAGGCAGCAGCUCCAGGGGCUCCGCGACAGGCAGCGGGACGUGGCGGGCGUCCGGCGCGGCGACUCUCAGGGGGAGACGGCGGGGGAGCGGGCGAAACCUCGGCGCGCACAACGCAGACAGCCCCCAUCAUGCCGCCCCGAGGGGGACCUGCAGCUGUUCCUCGCCGACGCUCCUCAGCCUGCGGUCCAGCUAGACCAGGAGGAGCAGGAGGAAGAGGAGCGGCUCAGGGUGUUGCUCCAGAAGAAGAAGCUGCUGCUGGACCUGGGUGUGGUGCGGCAGAUCCGCCAGCUGAUGCGGGGCCGGAACGAGGGAGAGGGGCCCCCGCAGGAGGGCGGCCCCUGCCAGCAGAAGCCGUCGGCGCCGAGGCGACUUUUGACGUUGGACUGUUUGACCCCGUUUGGCCUAAAGACGACGGGGGCCGCGUCCUGCCCUUUGACCUCACGGCAGAGCUCGCUGAGGCCCGCAAGCGCCCUCAGGAACGUAAACACGCCAGGCUGCCUACAGCCGGAGACGGACGGCCGCCACCAAGCCGCGGACAAAGCCGCCGUGGGCGCUCACAAGGUCUACGGUCAAGGUGGGAAGUACGCAGCGACCGAGCCGCCUCUCAUCCCGUAUUCCGCAGUCCGACGCGGCCCCGCGGGGGCUCGCCAGACCGUCAGGCGACCGUCGGAAACGCAUCCCCGCGACGCCGUCGCCAAAGGAUGCCCCGCAGACCUGCAGAGCCUCUUGGUCACCUCGGCUCGCCCCCCUCUGCUCAGGAGGCCCGGUCUGACCCGCAGAGGCCCCCAGUACGGUGAAGGACCGUGAGGGAGGGGGGGUAAGCCACAAUGAAAGUCCAGCCCCCCCUUAUAGAACCUUGCUGC